AUGAAUGUAGUUACAACAUUUUUGUUGCUUCUAUUUAGUAUAAAACACAGUAAUACAUAUAAAUUAAAUAAUAUAAAACAACCCCUAAAUUAUAUGUACGGUAUUAAAAUUAAUGUAAAUAAUGCGAAAAAUAGAUUUGCCUCGAAGUUUAUAAGUAACUUAAUUAGUUAUACUAAAGAAUCAUACUCUCCUAUAAACCCCAAAAAAAACAUAUUUCAUAUAGAUGUGUCUAGUAAUAGUAAAAAGAGAUAUUUCAAAUCAUCCAAUGAGAAUAAAUUAUUUUAUAACAUAACGCUAAGAACAAAUGAUGAGGAAAAAAAAAUUGAAUGUAAUGAAGAUGAGUAUAUAUUAGACGCAUGCGAUAGACAAAAUGUUGAGUUACCUUACAGUUGUAGGGGUGGAAGCUGUUCAACUUGUGCCGCCAAAUUAAUAGAAGGAAAAGUAGACAAUGAUGACCAAAGUUAUUUAGAUGAAGAACAGAUAAAGCAAAAAUAUAUUCUUUUAUGUACGUGUUAUCCCAAGUCUGAUUGUAUCAUUGAAACGCAUAAAGAAGAGGAGUUACAUGACAUAUGA